CAAUCCGGUAAGUGUGACCAGGUUGCCUCGGGGAUGCUAUCCCCGAGCAUAUGACUACCAAUACACUUCAAAAGUGCAAAAUACCAACCACCAAUCUACAUUAUUGAACACCUCACUUAUAAGAAAAUUGAUUUCCCAAUCAACACCCUUGAUUGAUCGCAAGCCUUCUUUUCCAAUUCCCACAUUACUCUUUUCCUGAAAGCCUCUUGAAGCGCAACCAUGACCGACAAAGUGCUUGACGACAUCUCGCAUCGUCGCUACAACCCGCUCAACGGCUCUUGGCUGCUUGUAUCGCCUCACAGAACAAAGAGGCCAUGGCAAGGACAGCAAGAGGCUCCAGCCCUCAACAAGCUUCCUGAGUAUGAUCCCCAGUGCUACCUUUGCCCCGGCAACAAGCGCGCCCAAGGCGACUCCAACCCGCACUACAAAAACACAUUCGCCUUCGUCAACGACUACAGCGCCGUCAAAGAGGAACAGCAAGAGUACCACCCUCGGAAGGACGCCGCUGGUGACGGCGACGAUGACAUUGCCUCUCUCCUCCUGCAAGCGCAGCCCGCCACCGGCCGGUGCUACGUGCUCACCUUCUCCGCCAAGCACGACACCACUUUGGCGGACAUGAGCGCGACCGAGAUCGUACCCGUGAUCGAGACCUGGACGCGCAUCUACGCCAGCCACCUGUCUGCCUCGCAUCCGCUCAGGGACGCCGCCGCGCGUUCACUCAGCGAGAUUCCACCUAACCCGGACGGCGAAGUCGAGCCCGCGAAAAAGCAGCAGCUGCGGUACAUGCAGAUCUUUGAGAACAAGGGCGCGGCCAUGGGCUGCUCGAACCCGCAUCCGCACUGCCAGAUCUGGACGACGAGCACGCUGCCCGAGGAGCCGGGCAAGGAGCUGGCGCAGAUGACCAAGUACCACCGUGAGCACAAGGGGAGGCAUCUGCUGGAGGACUACGUCAAGGUGGAGAUGGCCAAGGGCGAGCGUGUGGUUUGGCAGAACGACGGGUUCUUGGUCGUCUGCCCUUGGUGGGCUGUCUGGCCGUUUGAGGUGCUCGUCAUUGCGAAGAGACAUGUGCGCGCGCUGGUGGAGCUUACGAGCGAGGAGAGGCUGCAGUUUGCCGAGGCGGUGCAGGAGGUUACGAGAAGAUAUGAUAACUUGUUCGAGACAAACUUUCCGUAUAGCUCGGGUAUUCAUCAGGCGCCGUUGGAUUGCACAGAGGAAGAGGCUGAGACGAGCUGGUUCCAUAUGCAUUUCUACCCUCCACUUCUUCGGUCUGCUACCGUGCGCAAGUUCUUGGUCGGAUACGAGUUAAUGGCUGAGCCGCAGAGGGAUAUCACUCCGGAGCAAGCGGCUGCGCGACUCAGAGACUGCGGUGGUGAGCUCUAUCGCAAGUCGUUGCAGUAGUGGAAAUGUAUGAUGCGCUUGCUUCGCUUCUUGACCGAAAAGGGUAUCAAUAAGUGGUACAUCUUCCACAAAGCCUAUCGUCGGAGUCUUAUUUCACCUAAUACGCGAUCGCGCUUCUUAUGGUCAUGAUCCGAGUCCACUCGCCAUUCCUUUUUGGGGGCCAUGUACUGCUUCCUGCUUUGAUUCCCAAAGACCAGCUGGUAGCUGCACCUGUCUUUUACUGGACGUAGUAACCAUACUGCAACACCAUCCACAACGUGCCG